GUGGAAGCUAGUGGCAAGUGGCAAGUGGCAAGUGCGUCAACUAAAUCAGUGAGUGAGCCUCUACGCCAGACUCGAACCCCCGAACAGAGCCAACAGUGGCAACCAGUCCGACCAGACCACAACGCACAUUUCCGACCCUCCAACUACCUAUCUAUCCCUACCGAUCUCUACAUACAGGCCAGACUUGUGACGCCUUUCCACGACGUCAACGAAGACUUCAAGACAGAAUCCAACGCAGAACGGCACAACAGGUCCCAGUGGUGGUGGUCGUGGUGGUGAACGAAUAAGCCGUAUAUAACCGUGGUUCGGACCGCACAGAGGUUCAAGGCUACAUGAGAGUGGGAUAACCCAACCAAUUAGAAAAGCGAUUGGAAUCAAUCAUGUCGGAAAAAAAGGUCAAACGAACUGCCAAGCGGGACAACAUGAGCCCCGACCAUCCCCCGUCCAAAUUGCAAAAGAGUAUCAUUCAUUGGGUCCGCCGAAAUGUACCCACGAAGAAGACCAAGUUUCUGCACUCGCACGUGGUGGAGUACUUUGCCGGCUCGAAGGCCAUUGAUGCUCUCGUGCACGACUCGCCCUGGUCUAAAGGCAAGGCCAAGGAAGGUUCUGAGAUCGUGUUUGACAACCGAGAGUCUGCCGUCGAGUUCAUGGACGAGAUGCUCAAGCACAAAAUGUUCCACCGGGCGAAGAAGAUCCCUGUGCAGGAGAAACCCAAAAAAAAGGCCGGCAAGGGCAAAGACAAGGAGAAAGAAAAAGAGAAGGAAAAGGACACGGGAGGUGAGACCGAUAAAGAGGCCGAGAAGCAAAAGCGGAAGCGCAAAAUCCGUCUCGACAUGCAUUUGGAGCAAGUGUUUCUGGAUACCAGCGAUGCCUUUGUUUGGUUGUACGAUCCCAUCCCUUGGUACUACUGGGCCGGAGGUACGGCCAUCGUGUUGGGAAUCAUUGCCGUGUGCCUGUUCCCAUUGUGGCCACCCAUUAUGCGGAAAGGAGUUCAUUAUUUGUCGAUUGCUGCGGCCAGUUUCCUGGUCUUCAUUAUUGCCCUAGGCGUCUUCAAGUAUAUCAUCUUUGCCGUCCUCUUCGCUCUGUCAGGAGGCAAGCUUAAAUUUUGGAUUUUCCCGAAUCUCACCGAGGAUGUUGGCUUUUUAGAAUCAUUCAUGCCUCCCUACGACUACACUUACUCUGGGUCAAGUAAAAAGAAGGCCAAGGAUUCGGAUGAUGAGGAAUCUGACGACGAGGAAGAGGAAGGAGAAGAAGGCCAAGACAAGCCCAAAAAGUCAGAGUCUGACGAGUCGGAUGAAUCCUCGUCGAAGAAGAGUUCGACCGGGAAGGACUUUGAAAUCGUGGAUAAAAACGAUACCGACGCAGACGGCGAGGAGGAAAAUGACUAAACGUCUCUUUCAGUCCAUGGCUGGCAAUUAUUUAAUGUCAAACACAUUUUUUGACUUUUUAUGAAGCUAAAUGUUGCAAACGAAAGCAAAAUUAUCUUUUUUGAAACCUAGAUAAUACAAAAAUUAUUAGAGGA